AUGUUGGCUAACAUAUUUAAACAUGUCAACAACCACCUCGCCGCCCCUGGACUGCUCCAGCGCAUACAAUCCCAAUCCUGCCGCAGAGUCUCCUCCUCUGCUCUCCGCACACAGCUAAACCAGCUACCCCAACGCCGUCUUCCGCUCUUCUACGACUAUCUCACCCCACAACAAUCGCAUCUCCUCAAUCUCUCUCUUGCCGGCCUCGUCCCCGCCACAGCAACCGUUAACAAUGCCAAAUCACCUCCAACGACUGCAUCAACAACCCUCCCAUCCUCAGCUUUGGACCCACUGCCUAUGCCUUCCGGUCAUCACUUAGUUUACUUUCCACCACAGAUCCCCAUCUCCCAGCUCUUACCAGACGACGGAUGUGGGCCGGGGGUUGGGUCUGGAAAGCAUAGACCGCUGCUACUCAACGGGCAACGUGCUGUGUGCAUCGAAGGUAUUCGAGAUGUGUCAGUGAAGGGCAAGGAGGGGGAUGAGAAGGUGUUUGUGGGUGUUGAGAGGCGGAUGGCUGUUGUUGGGGAGGGGGAGGAUGAGGAGACGAUUAGAGGAAGGGUGUGGACUGAGGAUGAAGCAGAGUGGGGAGACGCGGCUGUGGUUGAGCGGAGGAAUUUGGUUUUUAUGAGGGAUAGGGCGGGGAUCGUGGACGGAGGCGUAAAUGAUACACGUUUUAGGAGGGUUGUAAAGGCACCAACCAACCCAGACUUUAGUCACCUUCUCAUCCCAUCACGGUCCCUUCUAUUUCGCUACUCAGCGCUCACCUUCAACGCGCACUCCAUCCACCUGGAUCCCAGCUACGCUCGAGAGGUCGAGGGAUAUCCGGACGUACUGGUUCAUGGCCCGCUUACUCUCACUCUAAUGCUCACAGUUUUCCAGAACCAUAUAUCUGAUGCAUCUGCUAGGCGGCCGGUAAUUAGGAGCAUUGAGUAUCGCAACCUGGCACCCCUGUUUGUGGAACAGGAGAUGAGGAUAUGUGCUAAGCGGAAAGGCAAUGGCGAGCGUGCUAGUACUGGGGCGUGGGAUAUAUGGGUAGAAGGGCCUGAUGGAGGGCUCGCGGUUAAGGGAACUGUGCAUAUGUUGUACCAACAAUGA